AGGUCGUUUGUGAUAUGGCGACGUUAGCUUGAGUGUAUGCCAAGUUACAAUCAUCUCUGUGUGUUUUCAGUCAGUUCUGUCAUUUGGAUACCUUGGAUAAAGCUUCAUGGCAUCGUCAGGCGAGGAAAGUAAUUGGGUGUUUGAAGAUGAAUCCGUAGACCUGAGAAAACGAGACGAGUUUGGCCAGUCCCGUCCAAAGAUUAAGAAGGAACAAAAGCGGCGUCCCAAACCGAAAGAUGGGACGCAGAUGGUGUGCGGAGUGUGUGGCGAUAAGGCCCUCGGCUACAACUUUGACGCAGUCACGUGUGAAUCAUGCAAGGCUUUCUUCAGGAGGAAUGCAUUGAAAGCAAAGACAUUCUCCUGUAGUUUUGACGGCAACUGUAAACUUGACCCUCACACCAGGAAAUUCUGCUCAGGAUGUCGUCUCAAGAAAUGUUUCACGAUCGGGAUGAAGAAGGACUGGAUACUCAGUGAUGACCAGCUUGCGAAACGGCGGCGAAGAUUCAAAGACACAAAGUCCCCAGAUCGGUCAGAACAGGAACCCUUGUCAUCGUCAGAGUCUCCAUCGGGGAGCUCCGACGAGGUGAGCACCAGCUACAACUCUGACGGCAUCUACAGCCCCACCUUCAGCGAACACUCCCCAGUGCAACCAACUCCAUCCCAUCCCGUAACCACCAGCGUCACCACAAAAUCAGAACCAGAGGACAACUCAUAUCCCGUGCCUCUGCCUGAGGAUGUACGACAAAGUAUUGCAGAAAUCGAGCAAGUCUAUACCUCAAUUUUUGACGCUCCAUAUAAGGACACCCAGGCCUUGCGACUUGAGACUCAACCCCAGACAUCCAACGAUCUGUUUAACAUGACCGAUAUCUUCAUCCGUCGACUUAUCAAGUUUGCCAAGCUCAUCCCAGAGUUCCGAGCCUUAGCUCAAGAAGAUCAAAUUCAUCUAUUAAAGGGCGGAAUCAUGGAGAUCUUUGUGCUGAGAUCCGCAAUGGGCUUCGACAAACAACAACAAAUGUGGAAAUACAAAAUCGGGGGAGGAGGGACUUCAAAGCUCAGCCCCACUGUCAUCAAGGACACACUCGGAAAGGAAAUGUACACCGAACACAUCAAGUUCGUCAAGUCAUUUCACGUUUUGACAGGAAGCAAUCGUAUCGUAAUGAUGCUCUUGUUCAUCAUCGAACUCUUUUCCUCGGAUCGUCCAAACUUGAAAGACAAAGUGAUGGUUGCCAAGGGCCAGGAAAAAUACUCCACGUGGCUGCAAACGUAUUUGGAAUCCCUGUACUCAGUCCGGGAAGCUCGAUCUCUAUAUCCUAAGCUCCUUCUCAAACUAUUGGAUGUACGAAAUCUCGGUGAAACAAGCUCCCAGCUUGCAUCUCAGCUUGACGUGUCAAAGCUCGAACCUUUGCUUGUAGAAGUGUUUAAUCUAAAUACAUGAGAUCUAUAUUUUAGAAGAAAUUUAUCGGUGUACAUGGAGAAUUAUUUUCAGGAUUGAAAGUGACGUGUUAUGACUGUUAUUGACAACUUAUUAGCAGGGAUCUAUUUUGAUUUGUGUGAUUGUGUUGCACAGCUGUUAUCCCUCGUGGGUCAGUAACUUCGACAGCAACGUUUAUUUCAACGCCGGAUUCAUCAUAUAUAUAUACUUGUACUGUGUCUUAAUUUCAGGAAUCCAGAUUUCCUUUGGAAAUUUGCCAGGUUCAUUCAGAAAUGGAAGGAUCUAUCAUUUUCGCUUUCUUUCAUUCUGUGUUUGUUGUUUCCAAGGAAGAUGUAUAUUUCGAGUCUGUUGAAAUCAACAACUGUUGGGUUGUGUUUUUGUGUGUUUCAGUGUAGAAUCAUUCCUAAUAGACACUAAUGUUUAUGUGUUUGUUGAUCGCAGUGACGCUUUUGUGAUAGGAGAUUCUUGCCAUCGAUGUUGUUUCAUCAUGACAGCCUUCGACUGAGAACCACAAAACGUGUCUGGCUCACCGAUCAUCGCAAAAAAGUCACUCCAAACAAGGAGUGUGGCUUUUGAAAUAUUAUUCAUGGAACAAGCUACAGUAAAUUAAACGAAAUGCGUGAUUUUUACAAGUUAGUUUGCUAAGAGUGUAAAAACAUUUAGGAUUUGAGUCCAGGAUUUCAGUUUUAGAUUUGUGACCAACGAGACUUACAUAUGGAGUUUUGGAUACACAAAAUGGAGAUGGCAUCUUGUUAUGUCUGAUGCUUCACAACGAAUGUGAAAAUAGAUUUGGAAAUAUGGAUUCUAUGAGGUUUGUUUUUUCUUAUGUUUGGGAUACACCAUAUCAUCAAUUGGAGGUCACAUACACCAUUGUGAAGAUGUACUGCAAGGGUUUUAUUUCGGGGUGAAACCGUAUACAGAGGUAUUAGUAGAAUCACGGUAUAUUGCCUUCAGUUCUGUAUACUGUAAUGCAAUC